AGUGUCGGAUUGGCGAAGGCGAAGAAGAUAAAUAACAGUUGCUUUAUUGAUCACAGGAAAAUCUGAACACGCCUGAAUCCGGCUUCGUAGUAGAUUGGGGCAGUGAAGUGUGGUUUGACCUAGAAGAAAAAAGGGAAUGGCGCACAGGUUGUUAAAAGACCCGGAGGCUGACGGAUGGGAACGGUCUGACUUUCCUAUCAUUUGCGAAUCUUGCUUAGGUGACAAUCCCUAUGUCAGAAUGACCAGAGCUGACUUCGAUAAGGAAUGCAAGAUAUGCACUCGACCAUUUACAGUGUUUAGGUGGAGGCCUGGUAGGGAUGCGAGAUUUAAAAAGACUGAAGUUUGCCAGACUUGCAGUAAGUUGAAAAAUGUUUGUCAAGUCUGUCUUUUGGAUCUAGAGUAUGGUUUGCCUGUUCAAGUUCGUGAUACUGCUCUCAGUAUAAAUUCCAAUGAUGCUAUUCCAAAGAGUGAUGUGAAUAGAGAGUAUUUUGCCGAGGAGCAUGACCGAAGGGCUAGGGCAGGUAUUGAUUAUGAGUCUUCAUAUGGAAAGGCUCAAGCAAAUGAUACUAUUCUGAAGCUUCAAAGAACAACACCAUACUACAAAAGAAAUCGAGCACAUGUUUGUAGCUUCUUUGCACGUGGUGAAUGCACACGAGGUGCCGAAUGCCCCUAUAGGCAUGAGAUGCCCAUAACUGGGGAGUUAUCACAGCAAAAUAUUAAAGAUCGUUAUUAUGGAAAUAUUCUCCCAUGGCACAGCCAGAAUAUGGGGCCAGUAGCUGAUGAUAUAAGACUUAGUUUAGCUGAUGACUUUGCAAUGCUUCUCACGAUUGAACUGAAACCUCCACCUCUACUCAACAAAUGCAGCUUUUUGACAUGCUUGUAUUCAUCCCCACUGAAACUAAUUUCAGAAAAGGCCGCAGCGGAGCUCUCUAACAGGCUAGUCAUCAAGGGUCUGCGUCUGAAAUUGAUGUGGGGUAGACCGCAAGCACCAAAACCUGAGAUGGAAAGUUCUGAUGAAGCAAGGCAGCAAGCAGCAAUGGCCCAUAGUGGGAUGUUGCCCCGUGCAGUUGUAUCUCAGCAACACAGCCACUUAAAUCCACCUGGCACCCAGGGCCAACAUCCUCCAAUGCACUACUUCAAUAUUCCCCCACCACCUCAGCAAGAACGAGCAUUUUACCCGUCAAUGGAUCCUCAAAGAAUGGGUGCCCUUGUUGGAUCCCAAGAUGGUACUCCUAAUGGGCCUGCAGGAUCAGGUGAGAAUAAAUCUGGAUUGGAGAAGCAGCUUGGGCAGCACUAUCCAUAUCAAAGCAUGCCACCACCUCACGUGCAAUACCAACAACAACAUUAUCCACCAUAUGGUUAUAUGCCGCCAGUGCCACCGUAUCAGCAGUAUCCUCUGCCAUAUCACACUCCUGUGCCUCUCCCACAGGGGGUGCAAUCCACACAGAAGCAUCAGCAUCAGCAUCAGCAUCUUGUGCUUCAACCAAUGGCUGCACCUGCAGAGUCCAUGACCUCUUUGCCCCCACCUCAGGGAUCCCAAGCUCCUGCAGGGCCCAUGCCCUCAGAGCCCUCAUCUCAGGGAUCUGAAGCACCUGCAGGGUCGAAAACCUCCAGCCCACCAUCUCCGAGACCUGGAGAAUCUGAAAAAUCUAAACCCUCAGGGCCCUUACCUUGAAUGCUGUUUAAGUUUUCUUUUGCUUGUAUUGUUGGUUGCAGUAAUUUGUUCAACAUACUAUCUGAUUAAGAAGGCAAGAACCUCCAUCAGAAUCUAUGAUCCAUGAGAAGUUGUGAUGCAAUUUAUAGGAAGCUUUUGUCCUUGUUUAGCAGGCUUCAUGUGCAAAUUUGAUCAGGAUCAUUGAUCGAGGUUCCUAUUAACUUCUAGCCAAGAUUUCAUGGGAGUUGGGCAUUCUAGCCAAGGUUUAAUUUGAAUAUAGCAUAGGUUCUCAUGACAUCGUGGCUGUUUAAUGUCAACUUCAAUUUUACGCGGUAACAAAGAGUUUGCGUUAUUCAAGCACGGGUGAUAAAUACUGUUCUUUAAAAAUGAUGCUUUAACUUGUAUGAAAUAAAUAUUGUUCUUUUC